AGAUUUAACUAUGUUGCUAGAUCCUCCUCAACUUUAUGUAUGUAUCACUUUUUAAAAUUCCGUUAAAAAGUAGAAAUCCUGCUUAUAGCGUAAACACAACUGUGCCUUGGUCGAGUUCAAGGAUAUCUACAGUACAAUCCUGCCCCACUAACAACCUGUCUCGGACUUAGAUAUUUAUUCAUUAAAGAGAUGACUGGAUCGACGCCACUUUUUAGGGAGAAGAAACUCGCCCACUAAAUAUGUCCGAUGGCUUACUUGUGAACAUUUUGCAACACAAACAAGAAAUAAAUUUACUUGUUUUUUUUUCUACCUCUGGGUCACCCAUGAAUAGGUGCUUUUUAGCGAGACCGACCUCAGAAAGCGUCAGCCUCCUGUCACGGCUACAUCUUAAGGGAAACCCCUCUUCAAUUUAUUUCUGUUGCAGGUCAAGGUCACUCGGUCGGGUGACACACUCCUCCCACUAAAUCAAAAUGCUGCGUCGUAUCGCUCUCGCAUUCCUCUUUCUCGCCGUGGUGAGGGCGGAAGAGGUGAAGCCUCUUGCUCAAGAUGAAGUUACCCGUGGGGGUGGGGGCGGCGGCGAUGGAUGGUCGCAACAAUACCACUACAGCGCCCACCCAGGCGAAGGUGGCACCUACGCCGGCCUCUCGUUCGAUCUGAGCACCGGACUUUUCCUGGGGAUCGGAGCCAUCAUUCUCCUCCUCGCCUUUGCCGCGGUCUGUUAUCCAGCUUUAAGCAAGGGUGGUGGUGGUGGGGACGGAUGGGGAAGUAGUUACCCAUCUUACAGAUCCCUUAACAUGGCCAGCGUGUCGGAAAAGGUGCUCAACGCUGUAGAGAAGGCGUACGACCUUUACAACAAAAACCAAUAAUUGAUUGGACUAAAUCCAAACCCACACCUUGUAUUUCUUUUUUUCUCCACUUCUUCAAGUUCAAGCCGGUUGGAAAUUUUGUCACGUGGUGGGGGGAACCAACCUACAUGACAUAUGCGGUACUGGGACAACUUUUACGAAAUGACGGUUAAAAUUUUAUGACUUUUACAAAAACAUGGACCUCCUUCAACCACCAGACUGACUUAGGGGACAUUUAGACUAACGAUGAUGACACCAUGUCUCAAAACCAUGACGGACGACGCAUUAUAUGUACGUGACGACUCCUCAAGACAAGAUUAUCUACGACUUGGAAAUAAAUUAAAGAUGACAACUAUGGGACAUUUUACUAACAAGACGUAACAUUAUGACGAUACUGAUCCCCAUCCCCCCCCCCACCAUGGAUAA